AAAGAUCGUUACUUUCAAAAACCAUCCCCCACUAGUAAAACAACAGUUAAAUUCGCAACUGUUAGUUUCAUUUUUUUCACCGCCCCCUUUCCUUACCUGAUUGGUAGAUUCAUUUUGCCGCCGACCCACUUGGGUUUUUUCUAAAAAAAACUUCCUUUUUUUGGGCUGAGAUCGCCACAGAUAUAGAGAAGGGGGGAAAGAUUCAAUCUUUGCGUUGAAUCCAGUUGUGCAAAAUGGUGGGAGCUGAAAAUGUGAAUCUUGUGUAGUUGGUUUGAGGAAAAAUGGGUUCUUGUUUCAGCGUUGAAGGCGAUGAGCACCCGCAAUCGGAGAGCAAGCUUUCAAGUAACAGAACAGAUACUGCUCAUUCGAAAGGGGGCUCUGUUGGUUCGAAUGGUUUUGUGAUAAUCCCCAAAAAUGUCAAGGAUCUACGACAAAAUCCGGGGAAUGGUGAUCUUGACAUCUUCACGUAUGAGGAAAUGAAGUUGGCGACCAAGCACUUCCGGCCCGACCAAGUGCUCGGUGAGGGUGGCUUUGGCAUUGUCUAUAAAGGUGUCGUGGAUGAAAACUUGCGCCCGGGCUAUAAGAUGACCCAAGUUGCCAUUAAAGAGCUUGAUCCCGAAGGUCUACAAGGGGACAGAGAAUGGCUGGCAGAAGUUAAUUAUCUAGGGCAGCUCCGACAUCCUAACCUGGUGAAAUUAAUCGGCUACUGCUGCGAGGGCGACCAUAGGCUGUUGGUCUAUGAAUAUAUGGCGUCUGGGAGCUUGGAGAAACACCUUUUCUUAAGAGUUCGCGCCACUUUAACGUGGCAACAAAGGUUGAAGAUUGCUUUGGAUGCUGCAAAGGGGCUUGCAUUUCUUCAUGGAGUGGAGAAGCCCAUUAUCUACAGGGAUUUCAAGACUUCGAACAUUUUGCUUGAUCUGGAUUUCAAUGCAAAGCUUUCUGAUUUCGGACUGGCUAGGGUCGGCCCCACUGGUGAUCAGACACACGUAUCAACACGGGUUAUGGGCACGUAUGGUUAUGCUGCUCCCGAGUAUGUCAUGACUGGACAUUUGACAGCAAGAAGUGAUGUUUAUGGCUUCGGAGUAGUUCUGCUGGAGAUGCUGAUUGGCCGGCGAGCGAUGGACAAGAGCCGGCCGAGCCGAGAGCACAACCUCGUGGAGUGGGCGCGGCCCCUACUAAACCACAGCAAGAAGCUCGUGCGAAUACUCGAUCCAAGAAUCGAGGGGCAAUACUCGGGGAGAAUUCUCAUGAAGGUGGCCAACCUGGCAUAUCAGUGUCUGAGUCAGAACCCGAAAGGGCGGCCCAUGAUGAGUCAGGUGAUUGAGAUACUCGAGCCCCUUGUGGCUCAAGAAACGAAUAGAGGGGAGAUGGUUCCGAGCAACGGAGGUGGCGGUGUAACGCUAUAUGAAGUCCCGAAGACGCCCAAGGAACAGAGUUUCCCCCAAGGCAAGAGCAAGAGCGAGAGCGAGAGGGAAGUGCAGCCUCCGAAGAGCAACGGGAGAAGCAAGAGCGAGCCGCCCAAGGAGUGUGACCUUUACGAUCAGUCGCCGGAGGAGUUGGUGCUUGAGAGAUCAAACUCAGGUAGACGUUGAACUGCAUUUGAAUUGUUUGUAAACUACUAUUUUUACAAAUGCAUCUUCUUGCUGCCAUGUGUUUUACCAUAACUACAUAUUUUUUGCACCCUUUGUGCCUUAAUAAAGUUAUUUUACACCGGCGA